GUGACAUGCUUUUUUAAUUUUAUUUUUCAGUUAAUUUAGGUAAAAAUAGUUUUAAAAACAUAUUAAUUAUGAUAAAAUCUUUAUUUUGUUUAAAAAAUCUGCCUAACGGAAAGAUGGUCAACAUUUUCUCAAAAUGUCCCCACUUGAAGACACUCCCAUUAUUAGUGCAAAAAUAUAGUAGUAGUAAUAGUUCAACUGCUGCUGCUCAUGUGCAAGAUGUUGGUUCGGUGCAGAAUGAAAAUAGUAGAUCAGUGUCAGUGAAAUCUUCUAUUGAACCCCCUGAACCAGUGAUGCGACUUAUAACCAAACAUCCAGUUACAUCUCCACCCAGACAAGCCUGGCUGGAAACUCUAUCCACUAAGGAUGGUAAAAAAUUAGGACUCAUAGACUUGCAUUCUGAUAUUUUUGGGGUUUUUCCAAGGGUUGAUGUCCUUUGGCAGAAUGUCAUUUGGCAACAAACUUACAGAAAAAUAGACUACAGGAUAGCCAAGAACAGGGCUGAGAUGAGAGGUGGGGGCCACAAGCCCUGGCCACAGAAGGGAACGGGUAGAGCCAGGCAUGGCAGCAUCAGGUCGCCUAUUUUUAUUGGAGGCGGAAAGGUUCAUGGACCCAGGGGUCCAACGUCUUAUUUCUACAUGCUACCUCACUGCAUUAGACUGCUGGGUCUCAAAGUGGCUUUGUCAGUUAAAUAUGCACAAGGCGAUUUGCAUGUUGUUGAUUCGUUAGAGUUGCCCUCACCAGAACCAGAGUACCUGGAGGAAGUAAUUGAAGCAAAGGGUUGGGGUCUAUCUGUUCUAUUUAUAGACAACAAAGAUAUAAUACCGAAGAAUAUCGCCAUAGCAACUUCAAAGAUUGACUCAUACAAUGUCAUGCCCAGCUAUGGUCUGAACGUGUAUAGCCUGCUGAAGCACGAGACAGUCGUCUUCACGCUGGACAGCUUGCUAGAUGUCGAGGGUAAACUACUGCAGCUCACUAAUAGUGAGGAUUUCAGGGAGAAAAAGUUUGAAAGGGUGCGUGGCUCUGUAAAAUGGCAGUGAGAGAAAGAGAGAGAGAGAGAGAGAGAGAGAGAGAGGGAACGAAAGAGUGAAAUUAAAAGGAAAGAAAAAAUGUUAAUGUAAGAAUGUGAUGUAAAAAGAAGUAAAGAAUAGUUUGAUGAGAGAGAGAGAGAGAGAGAAAGGAUGAAGAAAGAUGUAAACGUAAGAUUUUUUGUAAAAAGAAAUGAAGAAAAGGUUGAUGAGAGAAAGAGAGAGAGAGAGAGUACAAUACCGGUGGGGUUGAUGAUGAUAACGAUGAUGAAUCAAAUGAUAAACCGUUGUUCUUGUUAUUAUUUAUUUUAUUCUUCUAAUUAUUAUUCGUCACGUUUACGUUAAAUGAAAUAAAUUUAAAAUAAUUUAUAAAAAAAUGUGUGUGGUUAUUUAAUCACGAUACAGGGAGUUAGUAAUAACGAUGCUAUAUUAUUAUUAUUAUUGUCGUUAUUAUUAUUUUUGUUAUUAUCAUUAUUAUUAUUAUGGUUAUAGGAUAUUUAUAGUAUAAUAACGUUGUUAAAGUUAUAAUUCUAA